AUGUCAACCGAUAAGUCAGCCAUAAAAUCAUUAACAAAGCUAACAAAGGAAGAGGAUCGCGUCUCUCUCGAAAAGCAAAUAUUAGCAUCUCGGAAGAGAAUAAAAAUUGCUGCAAAAACUGAAGAAAAAAAAGGUAAAUCGGAGAGAUUUGAAAAUAUCACCAAAAGUGUACAUGAAGAAACAGUUGUUGAACAAUUUGUCGGCAUCUAUGAUUAUUCUGUGCAACGAAUACGACAGCAAUUUACUCCAGCAACAUAUCGUUUCGCCAAUCGUAUUGAUCAUAUAUUUAUCACCUUAUCACUUCUUGUCACUGUUGCCAAUAUGUUACGAUUCCCGAUUAUUUGCUCAGAAAGUGGUGGAAUCUUAUUUUUUAUUCCAUAUAUAUUAUGUCUUAUCUUUAUCACUAUUCCAAUUAUUUAUUUGGAAAAUGCUAUAGGUCAAUAUAGUUCACUUCCAUCAAUAGAACUUUUCCAACACCUUUGUCCUGCUUUCGAAGGAAUUGGUAUUGCAAUUUUAUUAGUAGCUAUUUGUAAAAGUCUUCUAUUAUCAUAUUCCGUAAUGGGCAUCUUUUAUACGUUUAAAAGUAUUACAGUUGCAUUCAAUUCCUUAUCACAAACUACUUGGCUGGAAUGUGUCUACGAAACAUCUUGCUACGAUUCAUAUGUGAAAUGUAAUGAAACAAACGGUAAUUAUCAGUAUUACUCAAAUUGCUAUAAUUUACAAAUAUUUCAUAACCAAACGAAAGCAAAUUUAAAUUACACAUGGGACCAAAUUGUGAUAGCUAUGACAUCAACUUCUGAAGCGCUUCGUGAAUUUCCGCCAAACAUUUAUUGGAUGGAGAAGAUUAACAAACGUGGGAAAAUAAGUGAAUUUUUCUACGCCUCGGCUACCAUCGAGCAUGCUAUCAUCGCUGUAAUUGCAAUUUUUGGGAUACAUUUCUAUGCUAAGAUUGCUCGAUUUAUUAUGAUAUUUCCACAAUUUUGUAUGCUAAUUUGUAUUAUUUAUGCAAUGACAAAAGCUGGUUUUAAAAAUACGUUUGCUUCGAUAGCAGAAGGUUUUUCACCAGACUUCUCGAAAUUCUUCGAUUUAAAAGUUUGGGUCAUUGCAGCGCUUCAGGCUAUCAUAGCAACAAACUUAGUAGACGGCACAUAUAUAACAUUAGCAGCAAUGAAGGAUUUCCGAAAUAAUUUCAUGCGUGAUACAUUUUUGGUUAUUGUUUAUAUAAUCAUAAUUAAUUUAUUUGGUUGCUUUUUUGUAUUUUCUAUUAGUGGUGCAGCAGUCGAAUUAAUGUUUCCGAUGAGCAUUGGAAAAGGCUUAGCAAUGCUUUGGAAACAUGGUGAAAAUAUAUAUUUCAUCGUUCUAUCCUUACUUUUCGCUAAAACUUCAUUUGGCGCAAUUGUACUCUCUUUGACAUUCUUCUCACUCUUUCUAACCACAAUUGGUGCACAAAUAGUGAUAAUUGAAAUGAUCAUUAUGACUGUAUACAGAGCUAUUAUACGAGUUAAAUUUAUUGAACAAAGAAUAUCCCGUAAUAUCAUUAUUUGCAUACACUUCUUGUUCAUGCAUUUAAGCACUUAUAUCCAUGGUCGAUUAGCCUUUAGUGACAUAAAAGUUCGCUAUUUUUAUUUUGCGCUUCUUCUCCCAAUUCUUGCAUUUCUUGAGUUAUCAACAAGCAUUCAUAUUUAUCAUGUGAAAAGAUUAAUUGUCAAUUUGCAUACAAUGCUUGGCGAACCACCAAAUAAUCUUUGGAGAUGUUUGGGAUAUCCGGUGAAUUGGUAUUGGACCGCUUGUUGGUACAUUAUUACACCAGUGCUUUGCAUAGUUUCAGGCGGACUUGCUUUAUUUAUCAUUAUUAGUGGUAGAUUAUACAGUGAUGUUAUCAUUUUAACUGUAACAACGCUUCUUCCAUUGAGUGUUAUCAUUACCAUCAUGUCGAUUCAUGUUAAAAAAGCUUGUCAAACGGGGAAAACUAUAAAAUCUUUAUUUGUUGCUGAUCAUCGUUGGACACCUGAAUUAGGUACCAAUCGGCAACAAGCGCUGUACGACGAACGAGCCACACGCACGAUAACUUGA